CUUAUGCUAUAGCCUGGUCUAUCUUAAUUGAAACAUAUGAUAAAUCGCUAAAAUUGGCGUUCUGUAUCAUUGAUAUGUUAAAGGCAUUGAUUAGUGGUGCGGUUAAUACAUUGAAAAAGUUCCUUACCAUCUUCGAUGAAGCCAGGUGUUUACCAGCCAACAGUAGACGAGUGUUUAAGACAGAUAAUACCCGAGAGUACCCAGUGAUUGAAGAUGUAAGUAAAUUUGUUAAAACUAGAAUUAAUAUUUUGGAGAAUGCAGGGUCAGCAAGUCUACCCAGUCCAACGUCAAGUAAACCAGCUCAAAGGUGGACAAAAUUACCUAACGUUAAUGGUCAAAAAUAUGCACAGCAGCAUGAAAAGCGGGUUGCAUUCUUGUCUACAACAAAGGAAGACUGUAAAACAGUCGGCUAGCUCGGGCAAGUGAUAUUGUUGUUCUUGUUAUGUAUCUCUUUAUUAGUAUUAAGAACUUUAAU